AAUAGAUGCUUAUGAAAUACAGAACUGUUAUACUCUUAAAAUGCUUAUUAUUACUUAAAUUGCUAAAGUUUUAUUACACAGUCAGUGAGAGAUUAGUAGAAAAUUCAUUUACUUACAAUAAUGCUUAAAAUUAUGUUAAAAUCCUGAAUAAGAUUAUUUUAUGUGAAGAAAAUACAAAAAACAUUAAGGUUAUCAUGUCAUCAAGAUUGACUUUUGUAAAAUGCAAGCAGAUACGAUGGUACUCUACAAAACAAAAAAUGAAAGUCAUAGACGAAGUGGAUGAGUUACUUUUAACUAAUCAACUUAAACAUAGACAUCAUCCAGGGAUAUCAAGUCCUAGACAAGUACAACAUCCUAGUUGGCUUUGCGAUUCAAUUAAAGCACUUGCAGGAGUGAAUAAUAUUUCAUUGAAACAAGUCCAGCAAGGCACAAAGAGAUUAACAUCAUAUUUACAUGAAAGACAACUUCCAAAAGAAGCAGAUGACAUUGAAACAAAAAUAAAAGAUAUUAAAUCACAUACUAAAGCAAUCAAUAUAAAUGGUAUGGAGGAACCAAUAGACCAUAAAGAAUUGUUAAAAAAUCCACAGGUUUUGAAACAAUUAAAAGGUUUUAUUUAUAGUUGGAAAUCAAUUAAUUAUGAUGCCUUUACAAGCUUGGUAUAUUUAUUUGGUCGAAGCAUACCUGAAUAUAGCGUUCUAUACAAAAUUUUUAAUGAAAUUUAUACUGAUGAUGAAAAUUUUACCCCUAAAUCGCUAUUUGACUAUGGCUCUGGUGUUGGUACAGUCAUGUGGGCAGCAUCUGAAUUUUGGAACAAAUCUAUUAAAGAAUACUAUUGUGUAGAUGUAUCGCGAUUCAUGAAUGAAUUCUCUGAAUAUCUUAUGAAAAUGGCUAAACCAAAAAUUAAUCCACACCACGUUUUUUACCGACAAUUUUUUCCUGCAGCUCCAAUUCCAACUUAUGAUAUUGUAGUAAGUGCAUACUCUUUGUUAGAAUUACCAGAUCAAAAAUCUCGUCUUGAAGUCAUUUCGAAAUUAUGGAAUAAAACAAACCAUUAUUUAGUCAUUGUAGAACAGGGAACAGCGUAUGGGUUUAGAGUAAUUACCGAGGCACGGGAUUUUAUACUUAGACAUGGAAGAAAAGAUACACGGGGUGUGCACGUAUUUUCGCCAUGUCCUCACGACUUACAAUGUCCUAUUCAAAUAGCAGAUUAUAAGUUUCCUUGCAGUUUUAAGAUUCAGUAUCAGACAUUACCUUUAGCUCAAAAGUCCGAAUAUAAAAUGGAACUCUAUUCGUAUGUAGUACUUAAAAAAGGUAAACGUUCAGAAAAUGAUAAUCAGUGGCCACGGAUAAUCUCACCUAUAUUGAAACGUUCCAAACAUGUUGUAUGUCGAAUGUGUACAGCUUCCGGAAAAUUUGAAGAACAAAUUUUUACCGCAUGGAAGAAUGGAAAAAAUACGUAUCGUUGUGCAAGAAGCAGCGCAUGGGGCGAUCGUCUGCCCUUCAAAUUUGAGGAGAUAAAAGAAUCUGAAGAAUCAGAAGAUUCCGACCAAUUUGAGGAUUCUUCAGAAUCAGAAGAGUCUGAAAAAACUAAAUGAAAGACUAUACAUAUAAAUUGAAAUGUAUUAAAGAAAUAUGUAUAUAUAUCCUUUUUUUCAAUAAAAAUGGUAAUAUAAA